UAACCUAUAAGCUCAAAUGUCACAGAAAAACCAAACAUCCGAAAAGCGCUAUGUGGACCCUAGGCAUUUUAUUAUUGAUUGCUAUGUUUACAUCCGCAAACAGGGUAUCUAGGUGCAGAGCAAUCAUUCCAUUAGUUCGGGAUCCCCAUUGCGGCUUUGCCUCUAAUUGUAACACUAAUGCUAUUAAUAAGUGGGUCAUCGCAUUCGAGUCAUGCAGGCGAAAGGAACUCAAUGUCUCAGACUUUAAAAAAGUACUGCGUGGAAUGUGUCCCAAAGGCGACAAACCACCGUGCUCACAAAUUCCAAAAGCUUAAUAGGGAAUGAAAUAUAUUACGUUUAUAAAGUGAA